AUGGGUGGGGAAGUUCCCUUUCGCCCCGCUCCCCCAGCUUUACCCCAGUUGGCUGAGCGUCCGGUCGGCCAACGUAUCAAGAAGAUCUACACCGAUCGCCUGAACCAGUUCACAUCGCACGGCCAAUAUGAAGGCCAAAACCUCGUUUCAAAGUAUUGGGAAGCCACAAACUCAGACGAAGACCAUGUCAAGCUCUCUGUUUACUCGGUUCCGGACCUGCAGCGACCGACCUUUGAAGAGGCGACCUCUCAUGAGUUCAAGCCCACCCACAUAGGCGCCUCUUUCGGCCCCAGUUGGUCCACACAUUGGUUCCGCAUUCACCUCACGGUUCCCGAAGACAUGGUUAACCGAGAGCAUCUGGAAUUUCACUGGGACGCCAAUAACGAAGGCUUGAUCUGGACGGAGGAUGGUCGGCCGCUGCAGGGGUUGACUGGUGGCGGAGAAAGAACCGAGUUUAUCCUGCCCAGAGAGUGGUGUGAUGGGAAACAACACACAUUCUACAUUGAGAUGGCCUGCAAUGGCAUGUUUGGCAAUGCCCCCGGUGGCGAUUCGAUUCAGCCGCCAAAGCCCGAUAAGUACUUCACGCUUAGCACGGCGCGGAUUACUGCUGUAAACCUAGCUGCCAGGGCACUUUACUAUGAUUUUUGGAUCAUCGGGGAUGCUGCACGGGAGUUCCCAGGUGACUCAUGGGAGUCGCACGAAGCCAAUGUUGUGGCCAAUUCUAUGAUCGAUGCAUUCAUUGCCGGCAAUGGAAGUAAUGAGUCUAUCCAUGAAGCGCGGAAGAUUGCUAGAAAGUAUCUCGGCGAUAAGGUGGAUUCGGCUGAGGUUUAUGACACAGAGACACAGCCGAUCGUGUAUGCCAUCGGUCACUGUCAUAUUGAUACCUGCUGGCUGUGGCCCUGGGCUGAGACUAAGCGAAAGGUAGCACGCUCGUGGUCGAAUCAGUGUGAUUUGAUGGAUCGGUAUCCUGAGCAUCGCUUUGCCUGUUCGCAAGCCCAGCAAUUCAAGUGGCUGAAGCAGUACUACCCGUCUGUUUUUGAUCGUGUGAAGCGAUGGGUGAAGAAGGGCAACUUCCAGCCCAUCGGUGGGAGUUGGGUCGAGCACGAUACCAACAUGCCAAGUGGAGAGUCGCUUGUUAGGCAAUUUUUGUAUGGACAACGAUUCUUCGAGGCAAACUUCGGAAAGCGAAGCACAACCUUUUGGUUGCCGGAUACCUUCGGCUACUCUACCCAGAUCCCUCAAAUAUGUCGCUUGGCGGGAAUGAGCCGAUUCUUUACCCAGAAGCUCAGUUGGAACAACAUCAACAAUUUCCCUCACACUACGUUCCAGUGGGUUGCGCUUGAUGGAAGCCAGGUCAUGUGCCACAUGGCCCCCUCAGAGACUUACACGGCUGAAGCCCAUUUCGGUGAUGUGAAGCGUAGUGUCACGCAACACAAGUCGCUAGACACGGACAAGUCAUCACUCCUUGUAUUUGGAAAAGGUGAUGGAGGCGGUGGCCCGACCUUUGAGCACCUUGAGAAACUACGUCGCUGCCGUGGUCUGAGUGAUAAAGUCGGCACCCUUCCUCGCGUGCAAAUGGGUGAAUCUGUAGAUGACUUCUUUGCCAGGUUGGAGGCAAAGGUCGCUUCCGGUACUGAGUUUGCCACAUGGUACGGCGAGCUUUACUUUGAGUUGCACCGAGGCACGUACACUACCCAGGCGAACAACAAGCGUAACAACCGCAAAUCAGAGUUCCUGCUGCGCGAAAUCGAGCUUCUAGCAACCAUUGCGACUAUCAAUGCUUCCGAUGAUUCAUACCAAUAUCCCAAAGAGGAAAUUGACAAGAUGUGGGAGGGCACUCUCCUUUGCCAGUUCCAUGACUGUCUACCAGGUAGCUCUAUCGAGAUGUGCUACGAUGACUCGGACAAGCUGUAUGCCGAGAUCUUUGAGACAGGUGCCAAGCUGCGGAAGGAUGCGCUCAGUGCCUUGGGGCUCACAGGUAAUGCCACGAGUGGAGACCUGAUCGCUCUGAAUACUAUGCCGUGGCCACGAUCGGAAGUUGUCUCAGUUCGCCCGGGACUAUUCGCAAGUGCUGGAGCUAGAUACGUUGAGGCUCACGGGGCAACCGGGGUAAUGGAAUGCAAACGUCUUGAUUUCACAGUUGCCAAUGCAGCUACGGUGGCGCAAAUCAAGUCAGACAUCUUCCGCCUGGAGAAUGGCAAACUGAGAGUUGAUGUUCAGAAUGGUGUAAUCACGUCCUUGUAUGACGUGAAAGCCGACAGGGAGAUUGUCGCGAAGGACCGCAAGGCCGGCCAACUGGUCAUCUUCGACGAUAAGCCUCUUUACUGGCAAGCAUGGGACGUCGAGGUGUUUCAUCUCGAAUCACGAAAGGAGCUGCCCGCUGGAAAGACGAUCAUUGUGGAAGAUGACCCACACCGGGUGAGCGUCAUGACUGAGACAAAAAUCAGCGACAAGAGUUGGAUUAAAACUACAAUCAGCCUAUCUGCAUCGACAUCGGAUGAAUCUUCGUAUGUGGAGAUGGAAAGUGAGGUAGAAUGGCGAGAGACCAUGAAGUUCCUCAAGGUCGAGUUCCCGGUUGAUAUUGUCAACACCGAGGCAUCCUACGAGACCCAGUAUGGCAUAGUCAGGCGCCCAACUCAUUAUAACACAAGCUGGGACAUGGCCAAGUUCGAAGUCUGCUGCCACAAAUGGGCCGAUCUCUCGGAGAACGGGUAUGGAGUUUCCAUCCUCAACGAUUCCAAAUACGGCUUCGCAACAUGCGGUAACCUUAUGCGUCUUUCGCUACUUCGUGCCCCCAAAGCACCAGACGCCCAUGCCGACAUGGGUCGCCACCGCAUCCGCUACGCAAUCCUCCCUCACGCGGGUCCCCUCGAUGCUCGGACUAUCCGGGCGGGCUUCAAUUUCAACAAUCCACUCAUUGUCGAGGAAGCUGGACCCAAGGCAUCGGCUGCCAAUGCUAUGUUCAAAUGCUUGUCUAUCAAGGGUGCGCCCUCGUUGAUUCUGGAUGUUGUUAAGCGCGGCGAGGAUGAUGAUGAUGUUUCGUGGGAUGGGAGCCCUACUCGUCCUGGAAAGAGUAUUAUCUUGCGUGUCUAUGAGUCGCUUGGUGGUAAGGCGAGGGGAACUAUUGAGUCUACCCUGCCUGUCAAGAGGGUGUUCAAGUGCAAUAUCCUGGAGGAUGACGAACAUCCUGCGCUGGAUAUUGUUAGGAAGGAUGGUGGUUCGGCGAUCGGGAUUGAGUUGAGGGCGUUCGAGGUCGCUACUUUCCGACUGCAGCUGUGA